AUGCUCGCUUUGCGUCACUGUGAUGAUGAAUUGCCGCAGGACCUCUUCGGUUUCAAUUUCCAUGGGGGUGAUGAUGAGAAAUCGGAGUCGAUGGGGCCGAUGGAGGAUGAGAUACGCCUGAAUGGCCGCGCAGGUCACUAUGAAUUUGCUUACAUCCUCAAAGAAUUUGAAUAUUCUGGCUCAUAUAUGGUCGGGGGAGAGGCUUAUGAUGCAACGGGCGCUGUGGUUGGCAGGAUGUCCGGUGUUCUACUGGACCAGAAAAUCUUGGGCAAAAACUUCCCGCUAGCUUGCGAUGCCGUCUUCCAGGAGGUUAUGGAGUGUUCUGAAGCCCUUUUUGAUGAAAAAGGCCGCCCACUUGCUUGCUGGAAGGCCAAGUUGGGAGAAGAGUUUGCACGCAAAGGUCGAGGUGGCUUCCUUUAUCUGGAUGAGGUGCACUUGCUCCCAGCGCAUCGCGGCUGCGAUCUAGGAUUGGACUUUGUUGAGGGCCUUCUCAACGAACUCCGAGGGGCAGACAUGUGCACGCUGGCUGUGCUGGAACCUUUUGGGGCCCCAGCCAGAGGUGUCGAACAUGCACGAGCCAUGUCUGAAGAAGAUGCAUCCUUAGCGACUGCAGCCAAUGUCAAACUGGCCCGGCACUUUGCACGCAUGGGCUUUCAACAAGUUGCUUCGGAGGGACCACUCACGAACUACUGGUUCCUUUGCUUGUGUACCCGGCCCAUUCGGUUCAUCUCAAAAGCGGCCGCCACUUCAGUGGCCGUGGGGCAGAUGCCGGAGCCGAUGGUCUUGCAGGGAAAAGAUCAAGAGUUGUUCGAUGCCUGUACCCUCAGUAUGCUUCCCCCAUCGCCCGAAACGAUUCAGAGUUUGCUGCGAUCAGGCGCAGAUCCCAACAAGGCCGAGCACUGCUGGAGAUGGGGUGCGGUGAAUCAGCCAGAUAGCUUUGGCAACGCUCCACUCCAUGUGGCAACUGCCAAGUGUACCAGCUCAUCCGGCUUGGAUUUCGUGUCAAUGCUGCUGGCCCACGGGGCGCAGACGGACCUCAAGAACUCGGAAGGGACAUUGCCGAUUCAAUUGGCGAAAGUUCAAUUGGCGAAGGAGUCCGUAGUGUGGGGACGAGGCACGGAUUCCGUGAAGAGGUUGAAGAAGUGCAUUCGCUUGCUGGAUGCCUUCGUGCCACAGCCUGUAUCGAAGCUUGGCAGCGCUGUCAGCCCGGGCACCGAGGUGAUGUCCUUGAUCGAAGACUUGAUGAAGCAUUCAGUGCCAGCAGCGUGGGUUGCACUUCCGCGGCAAGAGGUCCACCUCAUCCGAGGCCAUUCCUCACUACCACGGCCGGCCUUUCUCCCGGUGAGCUCGAGCGCAGGCCAUCGUCGGGACCAAGAAAGCUUCGGCUUCUGCGGCCGUUUGAGGCUGCUCGCUUUGGCGCUCGGGGCUCGACAUCUGCACGGCGCCACGGCCAUGGCGGGGGAACGGCGGAUCAAGCGGAAGCGCAAGGUGCCGGUGGCCAAGUCGCCCGCGAAGAUUCGAGAGGAGAAGCGGGAGAAGGGCGUGUUGGCGCGAGACUUGGCCGCCACCUUGAACGUCACGGACGAGGAGAUCAAGAAGCGCCGCGAGGAGCGCCGGAUCCGAAAGCAGAAGCUGCGGGAGAUGAACGAGUUUGAGGCGGAUCCCAUCUACAACAUCACCGAAGGCCCCGAUGCCAUCGAUACCAACAUUUUUGGUUUUCCCUUCCUCUGGGUGCAGCUGGGGCAUCUCAUUUUGGGCUCGGUCCUGGUGGCCGCCGCCCUGCUGGGUGGGCAAGAUAUCGAGUUCGCCUUGUUCGACCUGCAGGGCGAGACCUUGAGCACCCUCAGGGCCUCGUUGUGGGUUUGCUUGGGCAUCAGUUUCGUGAAUGCCAUUGUGACCUUCAUCGAGGAGAAGAACUCCAGUGGCAAGGACAUCGAUGCCAUUGGCUGGUUUUUGAAGGGCCUCCUGCUGGGUGGCGUGAGCUCCUGGCAGCGCAUCGGACGCAUCGAGAAGGCCAAGAAGAAGGUCCGAGAUGCGGAGAUCGAUCAGGUCAUUGAAGCCUUGGAGUCUCAGCCGGACGGCACGCCCCAGAUCUUCGAGCGCAUCGGCGAGCAGGGCAAGAUCCUGACUCCUGGAGAAGAAGCCGAGCAGAAGCUCUUGGAAGACAAGAGCAAGGAACGAAGAAGACCGGGUGUUGCUGAGCAUGAUGACCGGCGAGCGGAUGGUGCGGCUGAGAGCGGUGGGCGGUGCAACAUGACGGACCGAUUCUACCCUGUGGGGAUGGAGGCGGAGGCAGACAACUGGAAGACCACCUAUGAGGUGAUGAACGAGAUGCGAUCCUUCGCGCGCAGCCCCUAUCCUCCAGGCACGGCUAUCCAUCAGCCGGGCAGCCGGGACCACUUCGGCUACUCCGCGCCGGGGCCCAUCGCCAGCAGGUUGGCAAAUGCGGACCUUGCCUUGACGGAAGACACCGACAUCCCCAACCCGCGUGAGCAUAUGGCCAUCACCCGCAUCCAGGAGCCGGACGACCGCAAGGUCUUUGAGCGACAUGACGUGGAUGAGAUGCUCAGGACCUACGACUCGCCAGUGGCCAAGGCCACGUUGUCACCUAAGGCAUCGAUGGCGAAGACCUUCUCGCUGCCCACGAUCUCCCGGCGGAGCGAGGCGCCGCCCAAGCUCUCGGAGCGCAACCCGUUGAUCAACAAGCUGGAGGAUGCGCACUUCUCCUAUUUCGUGCCCAAGAAUCUGCAGCGCGAGCACAGGGAUCGCCUCAAUAUGUCCGGCCUCAGCAAGCUGAAGAAGGCGAACAUGAUCACCUUCCCCUUCUCAGGUGAAGGCACUGGCUUCCGGAGCCAAGGUUCGUUGAACAAUUGGUUCCCCAACGGCACGUACACCAACGUGCCGACCUCGUACCGCAUUGACUACAGCCGACCAGGCUUCUUCCGAGCCAACUCCCCAUACUUGCAGAAGGCCCCCGAGGGGAGAAAGUGCGGCGCUCGCUCGGUCAAGCGCGUCACAGCUGAGGAACCCUCGGAACCCGGCGAAGAGUCAGCCAGCCCGGCAGACGGGCGGCUUGGACAUGUCCGCUGCGGAGGAGGAUUUGAAGUAGGAAAGCAAGACGAGGACGAGCGAAGGGAGAAGGGACCAGCAGAUGUGCCCAAAGGGUCCAAAGUGGCCACCGGGGCAGGACGCGGAAUCGAGGGGCGCCUACAUCCUGGCGACCCAGACAGUCCGGUCCAUGCCGAGCACUACGUGCCCCGUCCGGAAGGCGGUUUGUGGGACUUUGGCACUGCCCAUGCGGUGCUCCAGCAUGCCACGAAAGAAGCCGCAGCAGGUGAUGCGCGGCGCACGGCACAAGCCAUGGAGGAGUUCUCCAAGGAACAUCAGUUGACCUGGAUGGAUCUGCCAGAGGAGGUGGUCUUGGCCACCCUGAAAGCUGCGAGUGCGGCCGACCGGUCCGAUGAGCUCGGGCUGCGUGUGUUGGUGCUGGAAAGCGGGCUGGCCACGUUUGAACUUAGGUCGUUGCCGCAGCUAUUAGAGCUGGAGGGUCCUCACGAGGUGGCGAGCAUCGAAGAGGAUCCUCACGUGUCAGACGCAGGUGCUCGGCUCGUGCGGCAUGCCUUGGGCGAGCACUUGUCGCACGUCAGGCACCUACCGCUGGUGACGGGAGAGGAGACCACGCUACUGGAGCUGUUGCAGUCGCUCCGCGAGGGCUACGAUCUCCCCUCCUUUGACUUGGUCGUUCUUGGAGGGCGAAAUGUGCAGGGCUGCGUGCUAGAAGUGCAGGAUCUCCUAAAGAGUCAAGCGCUCCGCCCACGUGGGGUGGUCUUGGCAAUCUUUGAUGAUGAUGCUGCCCAAAUGUACUUGCAUGAGAUCGGGCCGGAGUUCGACUCAGUGGUCACCGACGACCCAGAUGGAGCCACCACGGUGAUGUCCGUUUGGCAACGGGAAAGGAAGGAACUUUGA